AUGAUUUGCAUGGUGAAACAGACGAUGAUAGGGGUGGUGGAGAGAAACAGCCCCAGCGGCGAACUGAAAAAGAACGGCCAACAAGCUGAGAUUACGCCUUGGGCGAGAAAGACUUGGAUCAAGGAAGAUGGAAACAAGGAAGACAGGAAGAAAGCGGCCAGAGAGCCCUCGAGAUGA